AUGUCUUCGCUGGCACGUCGCAGAAAGUUCACCACGCGAUCCUUGACGGGCUGUCGAACCUGCCGCGCCCGCCAUAAGAAAUGCGACGAGUCGCCCGGUGCAUGCAACAACUGCGUUUCGACCGGCCGCAAAUGCGACGGAUAUGACCUCGCGCGCCUGCCAGUAAAGAAGUUCGCGCUGGCGAGCAUCCCCCCAGCCACAUCCCGGCUAGGAUGGCACACUACUGCAGACGAGAUGCGGUCCUUCUCGUACUUCGUGCACUGCUCCAUCCCCAGCUUAGCGGCCUUCCUCGACUCGCCGCUCUGGCGUCGGGUCUCGAUGCAAAUGACCCACGUCGACCGCGCCGCCUAUCACGCUGCCAGUAUGCUAGGUGCCGUCCAUGAGGACUCGUUCCAGAACCAGAUGCGCCUGUCUGGUGAGAACCUCCUUGUGCCGCGGCACCGGUUUGCUAUUGAGCAGGCCUCGCGUGCAUUUUCGAUCCUGAACGAUCGCCAGGCGUCGCGGGAUCCCCAGCUGCGGGAGGUCGUGCUACUCUGCUGUCUGCUGUUUGUCAUUUCUGACUUGCUUUUGGGACAGUAUGAUAGUGCCUUGCGGCAUCUUCGUGGUGGCCUUGGGGUUUUAAAGGAGGCACUAGAGCGGGAGCAGCAUCACCUAGAGCGUUCGUUGAUCGAAACAUACCAGCGGUUAGACGUCGAAUUCUCUCACUUUGGCCCCGGCAAGCCGUUCCUCUUCGCGGAUAUACAGCCCGACGAGGAGGUAUCUUCCGCUGAGGCUUUCCCACUGCAUAGUCUACGCGACGUGCAUCAACAUAUCCACCAACUAAUGAACAUCGGCAUUCCGUUUCUCGCCAAAUGUUGGCCUCUCUCCGAUGCUGAUAUUCAAGCCGACCACGACAAUCUGCACAGCCAGCAACAGCGCAUUCUCUCGCUAUGGUGCGAACUCAGCCCGCAGGUCCUAUCAUUUCACGAUCGCUUCUACCACAAGCUUAGCUACAGAGAACAACGCGCGCUGGAACUCUACGCGAUCCAAUGCCGCGGUCAGAUCGUAGCUAUCAAGACAUGUCUGUUUAACGGCUCAAUUCCUGCCGAGUUCGUCCCGGACUAUGAAGACCUGAUGUCUUUCUACGACGCGUUCAUAGCUCGAUUCCCUGAACGCCCAACAAUCACUCUGGAUUAUGGUGUUCUUCCGGGUCUCUAUCUCAUCGCGUCCCAUUGUCCGGAUUAUUCAAUCCGCCUGCGCGCGAUUAAUGCGCUGCUCGAUUGGCCGCAUUGCGAGGCGAUUAUCAACUCAAAUGUAGUCGCUUCGCUAAGCCUGCACUCGCUAAAAGUGGAAUUGGAGGCAAGUGGCCAACGGCGUAUUUCGUGCCUCGAUGGACAAACGGGCGAAGAACUAAGUCGGUUUAUACACAGCACCUUGAAGUCGUCACAGCAAGCCGCGAACUGGUCCACGAUUCGCGCGUCCAAGUUUCUUCUACAGUGA